UUUACCUGCGGCGCUCUGCUCAGCUCGUCUUUAGUUCUGUGUGAAUCCGCUAAAAUAAACGGAUCAAAAUUAACUUUUAGUUUUUUUCUGACAGCUCUGACCCUCUGCUGGUUCUCUGGCGGACCUCAGACUUCAGGGCACAGCUUCAGUCGAGUUUCUACUUUUUCUAAUUUUCAAAAGGUGCGCAUGCGCAGUGGCCGCAGACUGAGGAAACCGUGCAGCAGUUUUUUUUUUUUUUCCUCCUGUGAAGUGCAGCGGCAGCUGGAGCAGUUCUGCCACCUGUAAAUGAAGCUCAGGUUUCUGUCGGUCCGGUUCUUCGGUCCUUGCUCUGCACGGUUUCUGUUUUGCCCUCAUCGUCACUCUGCACACUCAGGUGAUGCCUGAAGGAUCUCUCCACUCCUCCUCUGACGUCCCCAUGGGUGAAGAGUCCCCCCGCCUGUCCACUGCCUCCAUCAGCAGCGAUGAGCGUGCUCCUUCGGCCACGCCCUCCGACUCCUCUGACUUGCUCGCAUCUCACCGGCGCCCCGUGAGCCUGAUCUCCACUUUGUCCUCCGGGUCCGGAUCCUCCAGAGACGACAACCUUAUCCCGCCUCCAUCAUUCACCAGUUCCUCCUCAGACCCUGACAUUAACCUCAACCUGAGCCCCGAGGGGGGCGCCGCAGACCACCAGGGGCCGAGCCCCCAGCCCAACAGCAAGGGGCGGAGCUUCAUUCAUAACAAAAACAACAACAACAAAGACUGGAAAGCGAGUCGUGCCUCGAGCCGCCGGCAGCCGGCUUCACCAUUUAUCAGAGCCAGCAUGGCGCCCAACCCGCAGCUGACCUACCUGGACCGUGUUGUCAUGGAGAUCAUCGAGACCGAGAGGAUGUACGUCAGAGAUCUGCGCAUGAUCGUAGAGGACUACCUGGCUCACAUCAUUGAUCAGUCAGAUCAGACGGAUCUGUCGAUCCACCCUGAGCGGGUCUGCGCUCUCUUUGGAAACAUCGAGGACAUCUACGAGUUCAACAGUGAGCUGCUUCAGGAUCUCGACCAGUGUGACAACGACCCGGUCGCCAUCGCCAGGUGCUUCGUCAUGAAGAGUGAGUACUUCGACAUCUACACACAGUACUGCACCAACUACCCAAAUUCGGUAGCGGCGCUGACGGAGUGCAUGAGGAAUAAAUCUCUUGCCAAAUUUUUCCGGGAGCGCCAGGCAUCACUGAAGCGUUCACUGCCUCUGGGUUCAUACCUGCUCAAACCUGUUCAGAGGAUCCUUAAAUACCACCUGCUGCUCCAGGAGAUAGAGAAGCACUUUGACCCAGCAGAGGAGGGUUACGAGGUGGUGGAGGAGGCCCUCUACACCAUGACGGGAGUGGCAUGGUACAUCAACGACAUGAAGAGGAAACACGAGCACGCCGUCCGCCUGCAGGAGGUUCAGUCACUGCUGCUGAACUGGAAAGGUCCUGACCUCACCACGUACGGAGAACUGGUUCUGGAGGGAACCUUCAAGGUUCACCGAGCCAAAAAUGAGAGAACGCUCUUCCUGUUCGACCGCAUGCUGCUCAUCACCAAACGCCGCGGAGAGCAUUAUGUCUACAAGACGCACAUCUCUUGCUCCACUCUGAUGCUCAACGAAAACACCAAAGACUCUCUGAGCUUCAGCGUCAUGCAUUACAAAAAUCCCAAACAGUCUCACACCGUCCAGGCCAAGACAGUAGAGGAGAAGAAGCUCUGGGCUCAUCACAUCAAACGCACCAUCGUGGAAAACCACCAAGCCAUCAUCCCACAGAAGGCCAAAGAAGCCAUCCUGGAGAUGGACUCCAUCUACCCUUCCAAGUACCGUUACAGUCCUGAGCGCCUGAAGAAAGCCCCGUCCUCUCAGUCGGACGAGUUUCCACGAGAUGCUCGGCAUGGCCGCCGACAGUCUGAGCCGAUCAAACAAAUCCCAAAGAGCAGCAAAGCACUCCUGGAGGCAGAGGAGGGCGGCGUCUCUUCAAACAGCUCGAACAAAGAAAAUGGACGCCUUCCUGAAGUAGAAGAACCCGGUGGAAGCAUGCUGACACCUGAGCAGCCCACUGCAGAGAAGCUACUGCAGGAGAAGCCAUCCGAACCAAUCUCAGAACCAGAACUUUCCUCUGAUCCAACCUCUGCCAGCAUCCUCAUUUCCCCUCAAAAGUCAGAAGACCUGAAAGCUGAAGUGGAUCCAGAGCUCACAGAGGAAGCAUCCUCUGCUACACCUGAUUCAGAUUCGAAGACCUUGAGCAGUGGAGAAUCCUCUGAGGAUGAGGAGGAUGAGAAGGAGACGGGAGGGAAGGAAGGCAAAGCCACCAGCAUCCUCCCGUCCUCUGUCCUGGACAAAGCCAGCGCUAUUGCUCAGCACUUCACUAACAGCAUCAAACGAGGCAGCACGGUCCAGGAUGACACCCGCUCCCUUGGUUGUCCUUCACCUCGGUUACCCAGCAGGAGCGGCAGCAGUCUCAGCCUCUGCGCUGAAGCAGAGGACCGACCUCCUAGAUUCAGCAGCAUCAUUGGUGAUUCUGCAGAGACAUUUGGUGGGAUAGAUUUGACCAUGUUAUCUCCUCGAGAUGACAGCCCCUUUGACAAUGACAGGGGUAUUAGGCGAAGGCGGGACUCCACCCUGUCCAAGCAGGACCAGAUGCUAAUUGGGAAAAUCAAGAGUUACUAUGAAAAUGCUGGAACUCAGGAUGCCACCUUCAGCCUCCGGCGUAGAGAGAGCCUCACGUACAUCCCAUCUGGACUGGUCAUGAGCUCCGUCAGCCGGUUCAACAGCAUUCCAAAGGAUAAAACUGUCCCGACAAAUACCUCCACCUCAACCUCCUCUGCCACUGUGGACCCUACUUCUGAUUUACCCCAAAAUACUAAAGAUCAUAUGGUCUCUAGUGACUCUCUAGACUCCUUAAAGUCUGAUCAAAGAAGCACUGAUCCAGAAGAUUCAGAAAAUAGCCAGAGGUCCAGGUCUCGAAGUGUGCAGGAUAAUCUCUCUGAUGAUGAAGAGUUUAGAUCUUCAUCUGAAAUGAUCAAGAUAUGGCAGGCGAUGGAGCAAGAAAUCACAAAAUCCCAGAGUGAAGAUGGAGGGUGCGAUCGAUCCAAAGAAGCUCCGGUAACCUCCAGAAGCAUCGGCCUUUCUAUCCCAACCAAGAGCUCUUCCCAAGAAAGCAGAGCUUCUGAUCUCAGCACCAUCAAAGAAGAAUCGACAAGCCCUCUACCCCUCAAGCCCAAAGCCCCGGGGGUUAACCGGACAGGAAGCGUGAGGGACACUCUGAAGAUGUUUGGGGAAGAGGCUGUCAUCCUCAGGGCUCCAGUGCCUCGAGUCACCCAGCUGAAGGUGGAGGCAGAAAAAGAGAGGCCCAGUGAGGAUUCAGGCCAGAUGGAUGAAGUGGACAAGGCGACGAGCAAAGUCCUCCAUCUGGCUCGUCAGUACAGUCAGCGAAUCAGAACCACCAAACCGAUGGCCCGUCAGGGCAUCCUGAUCGGAAAGAAGAGCUUAGCCAGUGUGGUGGAGGAGAAACAAGGUUCAGGUAAAUCCAACCUGACUCUGCCGCUGGUUUCUCAUAAGCAGGCGACUUCUUUGCCGCUGAGUCCUGUAGACCUGAUAAGAUCUCCAACCCUGGGCCUGACCUCCAGCUCAGCAGGCAGCUCCAGGGGGGUCUCACCGGGCCGCCUUCACUCUCGCAGCCCCCUCAGUCCACCUCCUCCCAUUGAGGGCUUCAACUGGCCCGAUGUCCGUGAACUACGGUCCAAGUACUCUGACCACGGCUGCUCCCAGAGGAGUGGAGUCAGUCGGAGUCGCUCCAUCCCGGAGCAGUUUGACGGCAGUCUGAGGAGGCACUCCAGCUGCUCCUCCAGCCGCUCCCCCGAUGAUGAAGCUUCCAGCGGGGUUCCUUCACACAAAUCUCACAGAAACCGGGAUGCCAGCCGGGAGGAACGCAGCAAACGGCUCCUCAGAGCCAAUUCUCUGGAUCCUCGGCUGAGUGAUUCCCAAAUGACUGAGCUGCAAAAGCUCCAGGACCAGGUGGCAAAUGCCAGCUAUGGUUACUACAUUGCAGCCGAGGCUCCCCUGACAAAUGACCCAGAACACAAGAUCAUUGUCAUGGAGAAGCUUCCAGAAUCAGGAGAAACAGCCAAAGAACCUAAAGAAAAAGAGGACGAGGGUUACGUUCAGAUCCGUUCACCAACCAGCAGGGAGAAGAUCUCCAUCAUGGCCGUCAUCGACCGGUGCCGGGCCUACCAGGAGUCCGAUGAAUACAAACAGAGGGAGGAACCAAAGGACAAAACUCAACAGAACAAGACAUCAGCAGCAUCUGCUGAGCAGGAUGAGUCCCAGAAAACGAGAUCAAACUCUGGACCAAAGGUGGAAGGCGGUCAGCAGAGCAUCGUGAAGAAUCUGAGGGAAAGGUUUCAGAGCAUGAGCUGAAGACAGAGCAGCCCUGAACUUUCCUCCAUCGGGACUCUGAAUUAAUAACCAAAAAGGGGCAAAAUAACAGGCUGUUAAAGGUUUUAAUUAUGAGAUUAUUUAAUUUAUUUUGACAGGGAAACCUGUUAUAGCAUGUGGCAAUGACACAACAUGUUUAAAGGGGAGAUGAAAUAUUAAAACAACCCAAAUUAUCAGGUGUAUAUAUAAAGUCAGCAGUUAGAAGAUGAAUUGUUUGAUUUUGUGCAAAAAUCCAAGAAUACCUUUUCCCCGUCUGCUGUCUCAGAAAAAAAAAUCUAAAUAUCUGUAAAUAUCUUCAUGCAAAUCUUGAUUGAAAGCACCUUCCUGUGCAGGUGUAGUACAUCACUUCCUCUUCAGGUGUUCUCAGUGAAAUCAGGACUACACUAAGGGAUCGUUUCUGUUAGAGCUUCAGACUGCAGCCACUCUGUACAGAUCCUCUGUGUGGACUGCCAGAGGACUAACCACUAAACCCGACAUCCUCACCCUCACUUUGUUCACUCCCAGUGUCAAAAACACCCUGAAGGUUUAGUGUGUGCUAUAUUUAGAACAUCUCACCCCUGUACCUGCUGUCAUACCAGCCUUUGCAGUGAGGGACUGAAGCCCUCAUGGCGCCUGCAGACUCCUUUGAUGUAGAGGUCAGACUGAUGCAGUGGUUCGGGUUUGCUCCAGUACUCGUUCAGUAGGUGUUUGAUUUUAAAUUUCAGGAUAUCUGUUUUUUUGUUUUUUUUAAUGUGGAAAUCUGCACCAUCAGCACCGGACUCACCACGCUGCAGUUCACCUCUUUGACACAUUUCUGUCUCGAUGUUCCACAACAGCAACGGAGCAGAAGUAGCAGCAUCAGAUUUAUUUAUGGUGAUUUUAUCACACAUCACAGUUCUAAAACACCCCACCCACCACCCCA